AAGAGUCCAAACUCCAAAUCCAACAGAUUUGCCCUAUUUUAAAUGUGUUUGAGAAAAACCUUAUCUUCCGAACCUGUACGAACCACACCAAAUAUCAGAAACCCUCAAACUCGAAGGUCCAAUUAGCUCCUCGGGUUCGCUCCCAGGCCCAAUCUCCAUUUCUCUCCGGUGAGCCCUCCUUCUUUCUCUCUCUUCUCUGCAAAGCCCUAGAUCUCACUCCGGUGAGGCUCAGGCCUCGCUUUCUGCUUCGGAUCCGCUUUUCACACUCCAAUCCUCUUCACGUAUAUAUAUCUGCAAUUUUAUUUCUAGGUGAAGCAGGAAGGUACAUAUCAAAAUAAAAUAUGGUUACUGUUGAAGAUAAAGUGGUUGUGACCCCUGAUGUGAAAAAUGCACCUGUCAGUACUGGUUUUCAACCCAGCAAUGAUCUGGUAAAUUCGGAAAAUCAGUCAGACCAUAAUGUGGAAAUAUCGGAGCCUCAGCCUGAUAAGGAUCUCUCCAAUUUCCAGGCAGAGCCUAACAAAGUACUUGUGGCAUCUGAAGUCCAGGCUCCUAGUGGCAAUAAAAUUGAAGACACGUUGCCCAAUGCCGAAGAACCUCCUAGUAGUGAGUUGGAGAAUCUUGAGACACCACCCAACGACCAGUCAAGCAAUGAUGAGGGCCCACACAACAAGCAGCAUGUUGAUUCUGUAGCAUCAUUCAAGAAUCCAUCAGAAAGCUCUGAAGAUGUAGCUGAUGAUAAGCUUGUUAGUUCUGAAGCUCCUCUUGACCAGAAUCCUGUGUCUGAGACACCAUCAAGCGAUCAGUUGGUCACCUCCGAGACACUUCCAGAUAAUGGCGUGGUAGAUUCUGAACAUCAGACCAGUAAUGAUGUGGUUGUAUCUGAAACACAGCACAGCGAUGAGGUGGUAGCAGAACAAAACAAUGAGGUGGUUUUGCCUGCAACGGUUCAAAGGGAGGAGGUGGUUUUAUCUGAAACACAGCAAAGAGAUGAGGCAGUUUUAUCUGAAACACAACGAGGUGAUGAGGCAGUUUUAUCAGAAAAACAGCAAAGCCAUGAUGCAGUUUUAUCUGAAACACAGCAAAGCCAGGAGACAGUGUUAUCUGAAACACAGCAAAGCCAGGAGGCGGUUUUAUCUGAAACACAGCAAAGCCAGGAGGCGGUUUUAUCUGAAACACAGCAAAUCAAUGGGUCGGUUUUAUCUGAAACACAGCAAAUUAAUGGGGUUUUUUUAUCUGAAACGCAGCAAAUAAAUGGGGAAGAUUUAUCUGAAACACAGGAGGCAGUUUUAUCUGAAACACAGGAGGCAGUUUUAUCUGAAACACAGGAGGUGGUUUUAUCUGAAACACAGCAAAGUAAUGAGGCAUUUUUAUCUGAAACACAGCAAAGCAAUGAGAUGCUUACUUCUGAAACUCAGCCCAGCAAUGAUGUAGUCAUGUCAGAUGUACAACCCAACAGUGAGCCACAGGUGUCUGGCUCACUGCCCAGCAAUGAGAUAGUCAUGCCUGAGAGACAGGUCAGCAAUGAGACUGUCGUACAUGAGGCACAGACCAGCAAUGAUGUGAUCAUGUCUGAAGCUUUGCCUGAAAAUGAGACGGUACAUUCUGCAGCUGAUCCUAACAAUCAGCUCUCUCAUCCUGAAUCUCUUUCUCAGCAUCAUCAUUAUUCUGAUUUACACAUGAUUCCUGAAGAUCAGCUACCUCAACCUGAAUCACUGCCCAAUUCUGAUCCACUGCCUGCUUCUGAAUCACUGCCAGACAGCCAUCUCACAGACAUCAAACCAAUAUCUCAUAAUCAUCUUGCACAGUAUGAUACACUACCCAACAGUCAUAUGCACCAUUCUGAGGCAGUGGCCAACGAUCAACUAGUAGCUCACUCUGAGGCGUUGUCCCAUGAACACAUGCCAAACUCUCAUUUGUUGCCACACUAUGGGCUGCAAAACAGUGAAACGAUGCUCGACAAUCAGUUAGUCAAUUCUCAACCGCACUAUGAGAUAGUCAACGCUAGCAACAUACCCAGCUAUGAGAUAGUCAAUGCUGAGACUCCAUUGAACAGUGAGGAACCUACUCCUGAAACUCAGCCAAGCAAGAGGAGAAAAAAGAAGUCUAUAGUCUGGGAACACUUCACCAUAGAGACAGUCAGUCCUGGAUGUAGAAGAGCAUGCUGCAAGCAAUGCAAGCAAAGUUUUGCUUACAGUACUGGUUCAAAGGUUGCUGGUACUAGUCACCUCAAACGCCACAUUGCCAAGGGGACAUGCCCAGCUCUUUUGCGUAGCCAAGAUCAUAACCAAUUCAGUCCAUAUACUCCACGGUCAAGGGGAAGUGAUGCUGGCAAUGCUAGCAGUGCACCAAAGCGACGCUAUAGGUCCCCUAAUACUCCUUACAUAAUAUUUGAUCAAGAUCGUUGCCGUCAUGAGAUUGCUAGGAUGAUCAUUAUGCAUGAUUACCCCCUUCACAUGGUUGAGCAUCCGGGAUUUGUUGCAUUUGUCCAAAAUCUGCAGCCGCAGUUCAAUAUGGUUACAUUUAACACAGUUCAAGGAGAUUGUGUUGCAACGUACCUGAUGGAAAAGCAGUGUGUUAUGAAGUAUUUUGAGGGAUUACCUGGACGUUUGUGUUUGACACUGGAUGUUUGGACCUCAAGCCAGUCUGUAGGAUAUGUAUUUAUAACUGGACAUUUUGUUGAUAGUGAUUGGAAGUUGCAGAGGAGAGUUCUUAAUGUUGUGAUGGAGCCAUACCCUAACUCUGAUUCUGCUCUCAGCCAUGCUAUAUCUGUUUGCAUUUCUGAUUGGAAUUUGGAGGGCAGGGUGUUUUCUAUCACUUGUGAUCAGACUCCGAGUGAAGUUGCCCUUGGGAAUCUCAGACCAUUACUCUCUGUAAAGAAUCCACUUAUCCUCAAUGGUCAGUUGCUGGUAGGAAAUUGCAUUGCCCGAACCUUCAGCAAUGUUGCAAAUGAACUAUUAGGCUCCGUGCAUCUUGUUGUAAAAAAGAUCAGAGACAGUGUAAAAUAUGUGAAGACUUCAGAAUCACAUGAGGAAAAAUUCCUGGAGCUCAAGCAGCAUCUUCAGGUCCCCAGUGAAAGGAACCUUUUUAUUGAUGACCAAACCCAGUGGAAUACUACAUAUCAGAUGCUGGUGGCAGCUUCUGAACUUAAGGAAGUGUUUUCUUGUUUGGACACUUCUGAUCCUGAUUACAAGGGAGCCCCAUCAAUGCAAGAUUGGAAGUUGGUUGAGACCAUCUGCACGUACUUAAAGCCCCUUUUUGAUGCAGCAAACAUUCUUACCACGGCAACUCAUCCCACUAUUAUCACCUUUUUCCAUGAAGUUUGGAAAUUGCAGUUGGAUCUGUCUCGGGCUGUUGUGAAUGAGGAUCCUUUUAUCAGCAACCUUACUAAACCCAUGCAACAUAAAAUUGACAAGUACUGGAAAGAUUGUAGUCUGGUUUUGGCAAUUGCAGUAGUUAUGGAUCCUCGAUUCAAGAUGAAGCUUGUUGAGUUUAGUUUCACAAAAAUCUAUGGCGAGGAUGCCCAUGUAUAUGUCAAGAUUGUUGAUGAUGGGAUUCAUGAGCUGUUCCACGAGUAUGUGACCCUUCCCCUGCCACUGACCCCUGCUUAUGCAGAUGAAGGAGGUGCUGGAAGCCAUAUGAAGACAGAGGGGUCUCCAGGAGGAACUCUGUUGUCAGAUAAUGGAUUAACAGAUUUUGAUGUCUACAUCAUGGAAACUAGUAGCCAUCAGACGAAGUCUGAACUGGACCAGUAUCUGGAAGAAUCACUGUUGCCACGUGUUCCGGACUUUGACGUUUUGGGCUGGUGGAAGCUAAACAAACUCAAGUACCCUACGCUUUCAAAAAUGGCCAGGGAUAUAUUGUCUGUCCCGGUCUCAAGCGUUCCUCCAGAAUCUGUCUUUGAUACAAAAGUGAAAGAGAUGGAUCAGUAUCGAAGUUCCUUGCGGCCAGAGACAGUGGAGGCCAUUGUAUGUGCGAAAGACUGGAUGCAGUAUGGAGCAGCCGAAGCUUCCAACGCGCUCGUGAAAAUGGAGUUCUAGAUUUUAUUCAUGUAUUUUUGGUUUACGUAGAGGGUGUGAAAGAAAGACCGCAUCAUGCAUCGCGAUAUUUGAUGAACCUACACGUUCUCAUUUAGGUGGUUGUACUCUCUAUGAUGGUAGGUUCUUGUAUUUUACUUGUAGUUCCUAGUUAUAUGUUAGGCUAUGUUGGUGACAUUUAAUGUGUAGAUUUGGACGUGAAUGCCUAUAUUCUAGUUUACUUCCGUGAAUUAGAUGCUAGAACAGAUGCCCUCCUCAAGGUGAGAUAUGUUGAUGUAAUAAUUUAACUCAAUAUUCAAUCACUGCUAUUCAUGGGCUG